GCAGCAUCUACGCUGGUGGGAUGGCAGGGGUGGCCAGCUGGGGCGGAGUCUUCCGUCCCCUCCCCCGUCAGGCCGCACCCGUCCUCACGGCUUCGGAGAGACCACUGGCCCGCUGCCGCCUCCUUGAACUGUCCCUACGGUGCGCCUGCCCAGGCGGAGACCCGUGCACUGCAGCGGGAUCGGCUGACGCAGGGGCGCCGGACCCGCGCUUGCGCAGCGGAGGAGCGAGAGCAGGGACCCCCCAGGCCAGCGCGUGCGCGAGCUGUGCAUUGGCCCGUGGGCAGGCGCUGGGAUGAGCCUCCCGCCGCUGCUGCCCCACUGAGGAGGCAGGGUGGGGUGUAAGAGGAGGGCGGCCCGCUCGCACCCGGGCCGGGCCAUGGCGUUCCUGGCCGGGCCGCGCCUGCUGGAUUGGGCCAGCUCUCCGCCACACCUGCAGUUCAACAAGUUCGUGUUGACCGGCUACCGUCCAGCCAGCAGCGGCUCGGGCUGCCUGCGCAGCCUCUUCUACCUACACAACGAGCUGGGCAACAUCUACACACACGGGCUGGCCCUGCUGGGCUUCCUGGUGCUGCUGCCAAUGACCAUACCCUGGGGUCAGCUGGGCAAGGAUAGCUGGCUGGGGGGCACACACUGUGUGGCCUGCCUGGCACCACCCGCAGGCUCUGUGCUCUACCAUCUCUUCAUGUGCCACCAAGGGGGCAGCCCUGUGUACACUCGGCUCCUUGCCCUGGAUAUGUGUGGGGUCUGCCUUGUCAACACCCUCGGAGCCCUGCCCAUCAUCCACUGCACACUGGCCUGCAGGCCCUGGCUUCGCCCAGCUGCCCUGGUGGGCUACACCAUGCUGUCAGGUGUGGCUGGCUGGAGGGCCCUUACCGCCCCCUCCACCAGUGCCCGACUACGAGCUUUUGGUUGGCAGGCUGGUGCCCGCCUCCUGGUUUUUGGGGCUCGGGGAGUGGGACUAGGCUCCGGAGCUCCAGGCUCCCUGCCCUGCUACCUGCGCAUGGAUGCCCUAGCACUGCUUGGGGGACUAGUGAACGUGGCCCGUCUGCCAGAACGUUGGGGACCAGGUCGCUUCGACUACUGGGGGAAUUCACACCAGAUCAUGCACCUGCUCAGUGUGGGCUCCAUCCUUCAACUGCACGCUGGUGUUGUGCCUGACCUGCUUUGGGCCGCCCACCAUGCCUGCCCCCCAGACUGAACCACCACCCACACAACAUGCCAGCCUGCCCAAUCUUCUAGGGCUAACAUCACCAGGCUCCCCUCCUUCUGCUGGUCUGCAAGGGGCUGGCUCCCUGGAUGCUUCCCAGCCCUUGUCUGUUCACCCAUUCUUCCCUGUGGAGUCUCUUCUCCAAUCCACACCUUCAAGCUCCAGCAUCCUUUCCUGCCUUCUUCCAGGGUACUGUCUUCCUAUGUGGGCUGGAAGGAAACCAGUCCUUCUCAGGGCCUCAGCUUACCCUCUGUGACCUAUGAGUUGGGCCAGAGGGAUUCUGGGGUCAAGUCUUGCUUUCUCUGAUAGCUGGAGUCCUGCCAGCCCAGAGCCAUAACCCCACCGUGCCCCUCCUCAGACCUUCACAUAAGGUACCACAUGGGUGGCUGGCUGGGCCACCAGCCCAUGAUUCCUGACCUCUGACUUUCAACCCUGCACGCCAGCCCUCCUAGGAACCUGAGGCUCGCCUACUCCUCCCUUCUGUCCAGACUGUGGAGCGGGGAGUUUGGGUAGCAGGACUAUCCCUUUACCCCAGGAAUAAGGGGCAGGAGGACUGCUGCUACUUUUUCCAGGUAACUGGCCAGAUGUAAAGAGCUGAGUGGCCCUGGACCUGGGCCCCACGUGGCUGGGGGCCCACCCUCCACAUUGAACGCCAUGCUCUAAUAGCUCAACCUACCCACCAGGGACAUACCUGCUCAGGAAAUCUGUUCUACACAGCAUGGGGCUCCCAGCUGCAAUCUGCUGGCCUGAGGCCCUGCUUCAAAGCUUGGCCUCAGUCCAUCCCAGAGCCCUCAGACCCUGGGUGAUGUCAAUAAAAUGGGCAGAAAGCCCUGUGUUGCCAUGCAAGCAAGCUUGGGCGCUCCCAAGAUUCAAAUAUGUUUUAUUAGACAUGGCCAGGCAGAAGGGACCACUGGAGUUCCCAGAGGGACCCCAGCCUCCAGGAGGAUGCGGGAAGGAAUUAAAAGGUUAAAAGCACCAGGGCUGUCUGGGCUCAGGUUGGGCCCAGUGAGUCCUCAAACAGGCUGAGGAGGUUCCGAGGCUCAAAGGAGGGGAAGGAGCCCUGAGGGGCCUCAGAGUCAAUGUCACUUAGGUCCAGGGCAUCCCUAAGGGGAAGAAAGAGAAAUGACACUCAAGAUUCAAAAGACCCUCCUCCCUGCCUUCUAACCCUAGGCCCACUCACCUCAGUGUGUGCCUGCUCUGGGGGGUGGAGGUACUCCUGGCAGCCCUGGCCAGGAUGGCCUCUGGAGAGAGCGAGGGCCUGUAUGGGGUGGGCGAGACAAGCAGGGUGUCAAGCAGUGGGGAGCACAUGGGGAGGAGGUCCUGGGAAGAGCAAGAUCAGCCCUGUCCCUGUGCAGCCUCCUGCUGAACACAGACAGGGGCCACAGCGGGGAACAAUGAAAGUAUAGUGCCCUUCCAAAGAAUAAUUUCCACAACUUUAAAAAUCUACCUGAUUACACUCAAAGGCCACCUCUGUCCCUUUUCAGAAUACAAGGACUUCAAAUGAACUGGCUUUGGAGUGAACCUGUGGUAAAUGAAGCUUAUUUGGUACUUCAUGUCAAUUAUAGUGUCCCUAUGACAAUGGGGUGACCUUUUCAUAAGGGGUUAAUGGUAUGAUUCCUUCUGA